CGGAAAACGAUGAGAGGAGGAGCCGGGGACAGACGAAAGCAGCUGGAAAGGAAGAAAGAAGGAGAAGGUGAUCGAGAGUGAUCAUUGGUCUGCCUCUUCCAGUGCCACAAUAACAUGUCCAAAUCGGAAGCCCCCAGGACACAAAGGCAACGACGGUAAAACCAAAACAAUAUUUCUGUAAAUAGCACAGUCCUUGCGACCAGAAAGGAACGGAUUGGCCUACGGACAUAGCGAUGAGCACCUUGCUCUAAAAGAAAGAACCAAACACAAUACAAGAGGAAAGAAAAGCUCUGAGGAUGAGUGGAGGACGGCGGAAGAGAGCUGAUGAAGAUAACGGCUGGGGAGACAGGGGGGGCUAUAUGGCUGCCAAGGUUUUCAAGCUGGAUGAGCAGUUCCGGCAAGACGCCCCUCGGGAGAAACAGAAGGAGGGCACCAGCUCUGAAAUAUUCCGCGGCGUGGCCAUCUACGUCAACGGCUACACAGACCCCACAUCGGACGAGCUGCGCAGACUGAUGAUGCUGCACGGCGGCCAGUACCACGCCUACUACUCCCGCUCCAAGACCACCCACAUCAUCGCCAACAACCUGCCCAACUGCAAGAUCCAGGAGCUGCGGAGUGAGAAGGUGGUGCGGCCUGAGUGGAUCACCGACAGUGUGAAGGCGGGCCGGCUCCUCUCCUGCCUGCAGUACCAGCUGUACAGGCCCAGGGGCCUCUGCUUCCCCAGCACACGGGCCCCCCAGGAGCCUGGACCCAGCCACGCCCCCAACCAUGCCUGCCCCACCCACCCAGAGCCGGACCACGCCCACCACGACGGGAGCCUCCGGCUGAAUGGGUCCGUGAGGAACUGUGUGGACUGGACAGGGGCCCCCAAAAUGAACGGGGUACACGAGGGGGACAGAGAAUACCCCGAAGAGCCCCUCACCAAUGGCCACGCCCAUCCUGCCAACGGUGCCUUAAAGCCCCUGGAUCUGGCCCUUCGUCCUGCGCGAGACCCCCUGGCGAAGCCCCCGCCCCCUCCUUCAGACUGCCCCCAGACCCCUCCCUCACUGGACAGCAGACCGCGCCAGCCUCCCCCAAGCCCCGCCCCCCACAACAAACCCUGCUCCAGCUCGCCCGCCCUUCCUCCCACAGCCAAUCAGAAGGCAGCCGCCGUCACCAGGCCCUGCCCACAAACCCCUCCCCGCCAAUCGUUGGGCUCUGAGAUGCCCCUCCCCCAGUGCAGCAGAGUCCGGCUGAACGGGGCUCACUACGCCUCUCCCGCCCCUCCGCCUAAAAGCCCCGCCCCCUCCACAAGCCCCGCCCCGGCGGGAUCUCCGGGGAAACGCAUGGCUCCUCCCACGGACGCCAGCGCCAUCUCGCAGUACUACUCCCACUCCCGCCUGCACCACAUCUCCACCUGGCGCAACGAGUUCUCCGAGUUCGUCAACUCCCUGCAGCAGCGCCGGAGGGCCAGCGGGGGCGCUGUCUUCCCCGGGAGGGAGCGGCUGAGGAGGCACGCCACAGGUUUGUCGGGUCCAGCUGGACCUCAGAACCGGCAGACCUGCAUCCUUCAUGUGGACAUGGACUGUUUCUUUGCCUCCGUUGGGAUCCGACACCGACCAGAUCUAAAGGGGAAGCCCGUUGCCGUGACGAGUAACCGAGGGCCCGGAACAGUGGCCCCGCGUCAUGGGACCAAUCCCCAGAUGGAGGUGCUGUACUACCAGAGGAGACGGGAGGGGAGGGGUGCUGAUCUGGACUCCUCCUCGUCCCCUGAGAGUCCCGACGCCCCGGGUAACGGAGUGGACCCCGCCCUCAUGGCGCUGUCCAUGGCAGAGAUCGCCUCCUGCAGCUACGAGGCCAGGCAGGCGGGGGUGAGGAACGGCAUGUUUUUCGGACAGGCCAAGCGGCUGUGCCCCGGCCUGCAGGCCGUGCCCUACGACUUCCAGGCCUACAAGGAGGUGGCGCUGGUCCUGUACGAAACGCUGGCCAGCUACACGCACGAGAUCGAGGCUCUGAGCUGUGACGAGGCCCUGGUGGACGCCAGCAGCCUGCUGGCCGAGCUGGGCGUGGCCCCUGACGAGCUGGCCAACGCCAUCCGCAGCGACGUGAGGGAGAGGACGGGCUGCUCCGCCUCCAUCGGCAUGAGUUCAAAUAUUCUGCUGGCCAGAAUGGCGACUCGCAAGGCAAAACCGAACGGACAGUGCUGUCUGAAGCCGGAGGAAGUGGACGACUUCAUUAGAGACCAGCCCGUCACCAGCCUGCCAGGUGUGGGGCGGUCGAUGGGCUGCAAGCUGACCUCUCUGGGGGUGCGGACGUGCGGAGAGCUGCAGCAGAUGUCCAUGUUGCGGCUGCAGAAGGAGUUUGGGCCGCGGACGGGCCAGACGCUGUUCCGGUUCUGCCGCGGCCUGGACGACCGGCCCGUCCGGAGCGAGAAGGAGAGGAAGUCCGUUUCGGCCGAGAUGAACUACGGAAUCCGUUUCACACAGGUUCAGCGUCGCGCCCUACAACAGGCCAAAAUUGCACCCAGUAACCCAUCCUGUACCCUCAAGUAUCACCCCUGUCCCGUACCCUCAAAUAUCACCCCUGUCCUGUACCCUCAAAUAUCACCCCUGUCCUGUACCCCGCAGCCUGUACCCACAUCUUCACCCCAACGUAUACCACAAACUUCACCCCAAUCCACUGACUGCUGUCCUCCUCCCUGCCCCCUCCCCUCUCUGCAGGUUUCGGAGGCGGAGGCGUUCCUCCUCAGCCUGUCCCAGGAGGUCCAGCGGAGGCUGCAUGCCGCAGGCCUCCAGGGUCGUCGGCUCACCCUCAAGGCCAUGGUGCGAAAACCUGGGGCCCCUGUGGAGCCCGCCAAGUACGGGGGCCACGGGAUCUGUGACAGCCUGGCCAGGUCAGUGACCCUGGAUCAGCCCACAGACAGCGCAGAGCUGAUUGGCUCUGAGGUGCUGAAGCUCUUCCGCUCCAUGAAGGUGAGUGCAGCUGACAUGAGGGGCGUUGGCCUGCAGAUACAGCUGCUGGGGCCACACCCCGCGCCCGGCCCCGGCCCCCAGGACCCGCCCCGCCCCGCGCGCUCCAUCAGAGACCUGCUGCUGGCCCAACGCUCCGCCCACCCUGCUGCCAUGGCCCCGCCCUCCACGCCAGUGGGAAUACCGCCUGCUGCCCCGCCCCCAAGCGGAGCCACCAAUCAGAGCAGGUGCCCCCCUGCCAGAGCCCCGCCCCCGCCCUCCAGCUGCUCCGCCCUCUCCUCUUCCCCGACGGAGCCCGUGCCCAGCACCAGCACGGGGGAGCCCCCCCCACGCUAUAACGGGGGUCUGCACACCCCCGCCCGCACACAGCCUCGCCUCAACUGCAGCAUCCAGGUGCCCUCGCCCUCCCAGGUGGAUCUCUCGGUAUUGGAGGCGUUGCCGGCGGAGAUCCGGCAGCAGGUGGAGCAGUCCUGGAGUCGCAGCGCGGAUCUGCCCAACGGCACGCCCCUGACCCCGCCCCCGCCCCUGACCCCGCCCCCAGCCCCGCCCCCCUCACCACCGCCCAGAGGCACGCUCAUCCUGCAGAUCCCCGGGGGGGCGGAGCCAUCCGGCGGGACGGGCAUCGUGCUGGCGCUCCCAGACUUCUCCCAGGUGGAUCCAGAAGUGUUUGCAGCUUUGCCUCCAGAGCUGCAGGAGGAGCUGCGCUCAGCGUACAGGCGCAAGACCAGCGCCCAGCCCCAAAGCACCAUGGCUCCCAAAAACGCUCUGCUCCAGCUCAGGGCCCCGGGCUACGACCAGCUGAAGCGCCGACACAAGAGGAAAAACCUGAGCCCUGCCAAAAAGGGCCCCAGCCCCAUGAAAGCGCGUCUCCCCGGAAACAGCCCUGCCAAAAGCAGCCCCGCCAAACUGCAACCGCUCAUGCUCAAGUAUGAAGACACGCCCACUGACACUCUGAAGCGUGAGAACGGGCCCUCCACAUCCUCUCUGAAGCCUGACGUCCCGCAACACCCAUCCAAACUCGCACCCAGUCCCCAUCCAGCCCUGGCUGGUGCCUCCGAGCUCCCAGACAUCCGUACCCUUCUGAGGGAGUGGGUCACUACCAUCUCAGAGCCUAUGGAGGAGGACAUCCUGCAGGUGGUGAAGUACUGCACGGCGCUGGUGGACGAUCGCGACCUGGAGAAGCUGGACCUCGUCAUCAAAUACAUGAAGAGGCUGAUGCAGCAGUCGGUGGAGUCGGUGUGGAGCAUGGCCUUCGACUUCAUCCUGGACAACGUGCAGGUCGUUCUGCAGCAAACCUACGGGAGCACGCUGAAGAUCACAUAGAGGACCCUCCCCUCCGUCUCUCUACAGCUCAUCCCUCUCUCUACAGCCCCUCCCUCUCUCUACAGCUCCUCCCUCUCCACACCUCCCCUCCCUCUCUACAGGUCCUCCCUCUCUCCAAACAUCCACACCUCCACACCUCAUCUAUCGACAGCUUGUCUCUCUCUCUCUCUACACAGUCAGGCCUCACCUGUACCUCUCUUCUGGUCU